AUGAUGGCGAUGAUGACUGGCCGUGUGCUGCUGGUGUGUGCCCUCUGCGUGCUGUGGUGCGGUGUCGGUGGUAGAUGUGAGGCGGGGGUGGGAGUUGGUGCGCAACAGGAUGGUGGUAAGUCUCCGCCGGAAUCAAAAGGACUUGAAACGUCUUCAAAAGGCACGCAAGACUUAAAAGGUGGAGCAGCAGGUGCUAAAGAAAAUUCACUUUCCACACCUACAGAGGAAGAUGAUGAGGAUGUUGAUGACGAUAUUGAAGAAGGUGAUGAUGAUGAUGGAGGGGCGGUAGAUGAAGAAGAAGAAAACGUACGAGGGCAGAGUGGUCAAGAGGGAACAGUUGCACUGGGCCCAGGUUCCAGCGAAAAGAAGUUAAUUGGCAGUGAGAAGCAAACAGAACUGUCAAUUUCAUCCGCAGAGAGCACUUCUCCUUCUGGCAGUCGGGAAUUAAAUGUCAAUCUUACGCAAACGGAAGUUGAAGGAAAAAAGGAAACCGACAAAAAUACACCAGCGGUAGAGAAUCCACUCACAACAGUUAACGGAGAGAACACACUGCCUGCGGGAAUUGUGGAAGGAAAUCCCUCACCACCUCCUCCACAGGACGGUGUUGGUUCCCGCGAACAGGAUGGCGAAGGCACCACGAGUGAAAGUCAAAAAAAUGUUCCGUUGCCAGAGUCCGCAGCCACACCACAAAGCCAUCAAGACAAAGGCUCAGAAGGGACUGGGGAAGAUACGAAAGCAACGACAGUAACCGCCAACACAACUGAUACGACGAACACACAAAACAGUGACGGCAGCACCGCUGUCUCCCACACCACCUCCCCUCUUUUGCUUCUUCUUGUUGUUGCGUGUGCGGCUGCUGCUGCGGUGGUGGCCGCGUGA